AUGAAGUGGGUAAUAUUCAUUUCUUUGGUAUGCUUGGUAAGCUUUGCUGAAUUGAAAAAUUUACCCAGAAGAUAUCGGGAUGUUGAAGACCAUCCCUGGACUAUCAAUCUUGCCUCUCAAGUAUCGGUUAAUGAUUUUGCUGCCAUUACCUUAGUCUUAUUCACUCAAAGUGUACCAAAUGCUACACUUGAAGAAGUGAAAAAACUGUCAGCAGAUAUUAUAGCACUUCACCAGAAAUGUGUUGCUAAUGAACAUUCAGACCCAGAAUGUACAAAGCCUUUGGGUAUAGUUUUUCUGGAUGUACUCUGCCAUGAUGAAGAGUUUUCCAAGAAAUAUGGAAUUAAUGACUGUUGUGCUAAGGCUGAUCCAGAAAGAAAUGAAUGUAUUUUGUUCCAUAAAAUUUCAUCAAUAGGAAGUGUUGGUUCCUUUGUUCAUCCAACUGCAGAACAAGCUUGCGAAGCAUAUCACAAUGACCAAAAUGCUGUUGCAACCCAAUAUACUUAUGAGAUCGCCAGAAGAUAUCCUAAAGCACUAACUGUUGUACUUCUUGACACAUCUAAAAACUAUAAAAAUAUCUUGGAAACUUGCUGUGCAGCAGCUGAUAAAGAUGUCUGCAUUCAUAAAAAGGCAACAGAAGCCAAAAAGAAAUUCAGGGAAAUAAUUGAUGAACAUGAGAAUACUUGUUUUAAUCUGGAGAAAUAUGGAAAGGAAAAAUUACAUACAUUGAAAUUUAUUGAGACACAUGAGAAGUUCAUCAAUGCUAAUCAGGAAACUAUAUCCCAUAUUGCUAAUGAUGUUGUGCACAUCUAUGAAGAACUCUGUAAGGGGGAUUCCCUGGAGGCUUUACUUGACAGAGCAUCCCUGUCAAAAUAUGUCUGUGCGCACAAAAAUGAUAUAUCUCCUAACCUUGAAUCUUGCUGUGGAAAGCCUCUGGUGGAAAGACCAAACUGCCUUAGUAAUAUGGAAAAUGAUGCAAGGUCUCCUGGUCUGCCCCCACCAUUGAGAGAAAUCUUAAAGGAGACAGAAGCAUGUAAAUUGUAUGCUGAACAAGGAGAUGGACACAAGGAAAGCUUCCUCUUUAUUUUAACAAGAAAUCAUCCUGAACUUUCUAAACUGCUUGAUCUGGAAAUUUGGAAUAAAUAUAAACUAUUGCUGGAAAAAUGCUGCAAAUUAGAAGACCACGUACAGUGUUUGCAUACAGGGGAAGAACAACUUAAAUUAUAUAUUACUAAGAUUACAGAUGUUGUGAAGACUAAUUGUGAUAAUUAUAAAGAAAUAGGAGGGUACUACUUCCAAAAUGUAUAUUUGAUAAAGUAUACCAGAAUUAUACCACAGGCUCCAACUUCAAAUCUAAUCGAGAUCACCAAAAGAGUGGCAAAGGUUGCUGUGAAAUGCUGUAAUUUAGAUAGUAAUCACCAAGUCUCAUGUGCUUUAGAAAAUACAGAUAAAGUGAUAGGAUCUGUAUGUAGAUAUCACAAAGAACAUUUCAUAAACAAACAACUUUGCCAUUGCUGUGAUUCCUCCUUUAUCAGUCGUUGGGAGUGUAUCAGUAACUUAGGACCAGAUCCAUCGUAUGUCCCUCCUCCAUUCAGACCUAAAGUACUGGAUGCUCCUGAAAAUUUGUGCUCACCCAAUGAAGAAACUGUGCAGGAAAGUAAACAAUGCGACUUGAUAAAAUCCAAACCUAAUAUCUCAGAUGAAAUGCUUGCCUCUGCAAUUGAAGCUUUCCGUAACCUCCAGGCAGAUUGCUGUGCAGCUGAAAACAAAAAGGAAUGCUUUGACACAAAGGGUCAAAAACUGGUUGAAGACAUCCAAAAUGAUCAUAUAAUCCAUUAA